CUUCCCCUUAUUUGCCUGUGUGGUGGUGACAGACAGCACACCCACAGAUACUUCUUCUCCUUGUUCACAACGUUUUCAUGCCUGCAGAGAGAUUUAGACUUUUUCGUGCGGACAUCAGCAUUCGAAAUCGAUUUCUCUUUUGCAUGUCAUCAUGCGCUGGUUGCUGGCUGGAUGCUGUGGGCUUGCUUUGAUCAAUAUCUCAGUGGCCAUGCUGAUUACCCAGAAGCCCCGGUUCUAUGGUGUGAAGCCCAAACGCAAUGUGGGCAUUUACUGUCUGUUCUCCAAGAAAAUCCCACAAGCCACGGUGCAGUGGUACAAGGCUGACAAGUACAACUCACAAAAAAAGAAAAUAGAGGCAGGAGAACAGUUUGUCUUUCACAGCAGCAAUCUGACCCAAAACAUCCUUCUCUUCAUCCAUCGUUUACAAAUCAAUGACGCUGGAGUGUACUUCUGCAAGCUAAACAAUACAUGGGGACCUGGGACUGCAGUUCAAGUCGGCAAACCCCUUGACGUUACCAAGGCACUGUACAGGACCAAGAUGAAGGAUGCUCUCAUCAUCCUCCAGGGCCUGGUGUUGGCUGUGUUUAUUGCUGCUUUACUGCUACACAAACGACACCUGCAGUUGGAAAAGACGGACAUCAUAUAUGAGGAGCCUGAAACUGAUCACAUCUAUGAGGGUUUGGCGAUUGAGACGUGUGGAGGAGAUCUGUAUGAGGAUCUCUGUGUGUACGCCCAGCCUGAAGACGCUGAGGCCCCAUGGGAGUGAGACAGCCUCACAAUAACUUGCAACUUCUUGAUUAUAAAAGUACAAAUUGUACGCUGUUAAGAGUCCUUAGUGGAGAUUAGUCAUUUCCUUUAGUACAAUGUUUGUUUCUAAAUGUGCAACAACUUCUAAAACGCUUUCUAUAUGUGCUGUUGAUUUUAUGCUAUUUAGUAACACUGUGAAUAAUCAGUGAAUAAUCAGCUGUGAUUUGAAGUCCACUGAAAUGUAAAUGAACAAUUCUAUAAUUCAGACUCGACAGCUGACAUUUCAGCAUUUUUGGUGCUUCUUUAAUAAAAAGUGUUAUGUAUUAUUUUAUAUGGACUUCUCUGAUGUGUGAGUGUGAUAUGUCUAAAUGUUUGUGCAUCAGAGCCUGAACAAGGCCCUUCUUAUUCCUGUUGUUUGAUUAUAUUACAAAUCUGUAUUCCUUUUGCUAAUGUAACGAGAAGAAAAGCAAUAAACAAGUUUCCAUUUGCU